UAAUUUAUAGCUUGAACAACUUUAAAACCAAAGGAUGGGAGCCGGACCGCUCGGUCAAGGUCAACAUCCCUAAAUUAGUAAAACAAUCCGCCGCGGGUACAAUUGAAUUUACAAAACCCUUUUCCUUAAACCCUUCGUCGUCUGCACUCUUCUCACCGGAGAAUAUGGCUAUUAUGAGAAUCAUCGGCCGUUUAAUCCUCCAGAAAUCGUCGCAAUCUUCUCUUCCACGGUUGCUGUCGACGGCCGCGCAGCAACCAAAAUCUCGAAACACUCUUUUCUAUAAAGUGGUCGGCGCGAGCUCCAAAUCCAGUAUCGCGGACGUCAUCAACGAAUGGGUUCGUUGCGGGAAGAUAGUGAGGAAAGGCGACAUUGUCAACAUCAGCAAUUACUUCCGCUCUCGCAAGAACUUCCGAGCUGCACUUCAGCUUUAUGAGUGGAUCGACAGCAGCAAUCUUCAGAUAACCGCAGCUGAUCAUGCUAUACAUAUCGACCUCCUUGGAAGGGCUGAGGGUUUAGCUUCUGCCGAAAAAUACUUUGAUAGCCUCUCAGAGAAAACUAGUAAAACAUAUGGAGCACUUCUCAGCUGUUAUUGCAGGGAGAGGGCUUUGGACAAGGCUUUGGAGACCUUUGAGAAGAUCAAUGAGUUCAAUCACGCAAGCACGCUAGAUUUCAACAACGUGCUUUCGCUUUACUAUAACUUGGCGAAGCCUGAAAAGGUUGUCUCUCUAGUGCAAGAAAUGGAGGAAAAGAAUAUUGCUCCUGACAUUUAUACUUUCAACAUGUUGAUCAAUAGUCAUGCUGCUCUGAAUAAUUUAGACGCACUUGAAGGAGUUAUGGAGAAAAUGGAGAAUAGUAAUAUCAAACCUGAUUUGUUUACAUAUGGAAAUCUGGCUACCAUAUAUUUCAACGCAGGGCUGCAUGACAAGGCCACGGCUUUCCUUGAACUGAUGGAGAAGAUGGAAGCUAAGAAAAAUACCGCAAGGGAAGCUUGUCGUACCCGCCUCAGGUUGUACUCAAUGAUGAAUGAUCUGUCGGGGGUUAAUCGAGCAUGGGAGGCUCUAAAGUUGGACGAACCAAAACCCUCUAAUACUAGUUAUCUUUUCAUGCUUUUGGCUCUCGCGAAACUGGGGAACCAGGAAAACCUUGAGAAGAUUUUGAUGGAGUGGGAAGAAAGCCAGACCUUGUAUGAUUACCGGCUGCCAAAUGUGUUGCUGGAUUAUUACAUCUCUCGGGACAUGAUUGAAGAAGCUAAUUCGCUCUACAAAAGAUUGGCAGACGGGUUGACAGACAGAGGGUCGGAUCCAAAUUUGAAGACGCUGGAGCUGUUUACAUCUCUAUGCUUGAAGAACUCUGAGAUAGAUUUGGCUCUCGAGUAUUUGGAGAAGGGAUUAGACAAGGCAAAAUCGCGGGACAGUAGGUGGUUUCCCAGAGAUGAAACCGUUGAAGAAUUUAUCCGUUAUUUUGAGGAGAAGAGUGAUACAGAGAGAGGUGGGAAGUUCAUCGAGAGCAUGAAGAAGCACAACCGUCUGAGUUCCAAUUCUUUGCUUUUGUAUAUCAAAGCUACUGAAGCGGGAAGCUAACUCGUUUCAAAUUUCUUGCAUUCCAGUGGAUGUGGCAACGACUUCUUUCAUUGCUUCAUUUCUUCAGCGCUGCAGUUUUGCAGUUGAACCUACUUCAUUGAGAUUAUAUAUUCGAUCUACUUUCAAUUAUGUAAUUUGUUACUAUAACUCUACAUUUUGCAGAAAAAGAUGCGUCUUUUCUAAA